AUGCGUAUUUGGAAGAAAAACCAAGCGUUGAUCUGGCAGAAGAGUACGAUCAACUAUCCGAUCAUAUCACUAUCAAAUCAUACUCGAAUGAAAAUACCUGCUAUUAUUCAUCAAACUUGGCGAGAUGAAAAUACCAUUCCAAGCAAUUGGCAACAAGCGUCGAAUACAUGUCGAUCUCUUCACCCCAAUUAUGAAUAUCGUUUCUGGACAGAUGCUGCAGGUCGUCGUUUGAUCGAAAAGGAAUUUCCAUGCUUAUUGUCGACCUACGAUUCGUAUCCGUACGAUAUUCAACGUGCUGAUGUUAUUCGUUUAAUCGUUCUAUAUGUAUUCGGAGGCAUUUAUUUAGAUCUUGAUGUUAUUUGUUUAAAACCUCUCGACCAGUUACGCGAAUAUGAAUUUAUUCUACCGAAAACUAUGCCUGCCGGCCUAUCGAAUGAUGUCAUUAUUGCCCAACCGAAGCACCCGUUCCUAUUGCAACUUCUCAACAAUUUACCAAAAGCUAAUCGAAACUAUCUCACUAAAUAUGCAACAGUCAUGUUUUCAACUGGUCCAAUGUACAUCACCCAUGAAGCAUCUAAUUAUGUGAAUCAUUCUUCAAUUGAUGUUCUCUCGCAAGACCUUUAUGGAAAAUAUACUCACAAUUCCACUCGAUCGCUUUUCAAACAUUUAAAGGCUUCGUCUUGGCACGGUAACGAUGCCGCUCUGGUCAAAUGGAUCUAUCGUCGACGAAUAAUUCUUCUUUUGCUAUUGGCUGUUUCGGUUGCGUCGGCACUUGCCCUUAUCUAUCUCGUUCGUCAUCGUCAUUCAGUUGUGAAUUGCGUGAAAAAAUUCCUUUCUGAGGAAAAAAUCAAAUACGAGGAAAUUUCGUCAAGUUUAUUAUCGGUGUAA